UGUAAAGUUAAAAAGAUCAUAGAUACUUGGAUUAAAAGAAAGGGUAUAAAUAAUAAAUUUAGUAGAAAGGGUUGGUUGAAAUGAGAGGGUGAAGCAUUAAAACCACGGCAAGCCUAAACAACACUGCAUUCCCAUUUCCCAAUAUUAUAGUCAUACGUUCAGCGCCAAAAAAGCAAACCAUGAAGUACCUUUAUUUCACUUUUUCACUAUUCCCAGUGCUAUUGAUUUUGAUUAUUCUCCAAAUGUGCUUGUUAAUGUGCAACUCAAGUUACCUCAUGUAUAAUGAAGCCCUUUCCAAAUCAAUCAUGUUUUUCGAAGGCCAGCGUUCGGGUUUCCUCCCAAAUGACCAGAGAAUCAACUGGCGAGGCAAUUCAGGACUUGGAGACGGUUCCUCCAUCAAUGCUGACCUAACCGGGGGUUACUAUGAUGCAGGCGACAAUGUCAAGUUUGGUUUCCCAAUGGCGUUUACGACUACCAUGUUGGCAUGGAGUGUUAUUGAGUUUGGUGAUAUGAUGCCGACCGGGGAGUUGAGGAAUGCAUUGGUCGCCAUAAGGUGGUCAACAGAUUAUUUGCUAAAGACUGUGGCACAACCGGAUCGGAUUGUUGUACAGGUUGGGGAUCCAAAUAGUGAUCACAACUGUUGGGAGAGGCCUGAGGACAUGGACACAGCUCGGACUGUGUACAAAGUGGAUGCACCAAACUCUGCCUCAGAUGUGGCUGGAGAGACGGCAGCCGCUUUAGCUGCUUCAUCCAUGGCAUUCCGGUAUUCUGAUCCUGGGUACUCAGAAACUCUCUUAAGAAUGGCCACCAGAGUUUUUGAUUUUGCUGAUAAUUACCGGGGGGCUUACAGCGAUAACACAAACAUUAGGGAUGGUGUCUGCCCAUUUUACUGUGAUUUUGAUGGAUAUCAGGAUGAAUUGUUAUGGGGAGCAGCAUGGUUAAGAAGGGCUUCUCAGGGUGAAAAUUACUUGGCUUACAUACAAAACAAUGGUAAAACACUUGGUGCCGAAGACAAUAUCAAUGAGUUUGGAUGGGAUAAUAAGCAUGCUGGCCUUAAUGUUCUUGUUUCCAAGGAGGUCUUGGAAGGGAAUUUCUAUGCUUUGGAGUCGUACAAAGCAUCCGCGGAUACCUUCAUGUGCACACUAAUACCAGAGUCGUCAUCUUCACAUAUUGAAUACACUUCAGGCGGCCUCAUAUACCGACCUGGUGGAAGCAACUUGCAACAUUCUACUACAAUCACAUUUCUCUUACUAGUUUAUGCAAAGUACCUAGAGCAAUCAUCGGGGUCAGUAAAUUGCGGUAACAUAAUUGUUGGCCCAACAUCACUACGCAAGAUAGCAAAACGCCAAGUGGAUUAUAUUCUAGGAGAAAAUCCCAAGGGAAUGUCCUACAUGGUAGGGUAUAGUGAUAGGUAUCCACAACGAAUCCAUCAUCGAGGCUCAUCCCUACCAUCCACCAGAGACCAUCCUCAAGUUAUUCAGUGUAAAGAGGGCUCAAUCUACUUUAACUCGUCGGAUCCUAAUCCAAAUGUUUUGAUUGGAGCCUUAGUAGGUGGGCCUGGGGAGGAUGAUGAGUAUGAGGAUGAUAGAGCAGAUUUUAGAAAAUCUGAACCCACGACCUACAUUAAUGCCCCGUUUGUCGGUGCAUUAGCAUUCUUUGCAGCUAAUCCUAACCCUAUAUAGCACUUAUAUCGACAAAGAAGUUAAAUAUUUUUUACUUUAAAAA